AUUACGUUCGUGUUUAGUGUGUUUAUUGUUGGUAUUGAUUGAUUGCAAGAUUUCUUUUUUAAUUUACUAGGGCAUUAAAUAACAUAAAUUGACAUCAUGGAUAAUAUUACCGUACUAAAGAUGUUACAAGCUGACUUUACUCGAUUUUAUGAAGAAUCACAGGAGAUUACAAAAACUGCCCACGAUCUCAAGAAGGAUGCAUCAAAUUACAUCCGCGCGUUAAUUUCACAAAUUAAAUCUGGUUCGGGUCCAUUGCUUGCGAAAACUCCAAAAAUAUCGAAAAAGAAAGGCCCAAGAAUUAAAGCCAUUCCAGAAUGUAUUGAAAUGGAAAAUACUAGUUGCCUAUCUAUCCCUGAUAGUAGUAAAUCUUUCCAAGCAGAUAUUAUUUUAGAAACAUCAGAUAUUCGUACUUGUAGAGAGAAACGAGGUGCUUCUGUUCGAGCAGCAGACAUUAUAAAAAAACAACAAUCUAUUAAUUUAACUUUAAAACUUCGAAGGCCGUCAAAAGACACAGAAGUAUCUGCUACGCACAAGAUUUUUAAAGAAACACGAUCAAAACGACCAAAAGCAUCAUUAGGUAGUUCUGACGAAGAAGAUAUAAGACCACCAAAGCACAGCAAAAUGGAAUGUAAAAAAUCUGUAUCAAAGUUAAAAAUUAUUGACAAGCCUCAAGAGUUAAGCGAUGAUUUAUUACAAUCUUCCGAAGAAAAUGAAGACAUUGAUUCAAGAAGACAAAAUCGGACGUCGGUUAAACGCAAGCUUGAUGAACAAAAUAAAGAUGAAGAUACAACUUUGUCAUCUGAACAAUAUAUUGUAAAAAAGUCUUUGUCUAAUGAUGAACCAGUUGUAAAGAAAGCUAAUUAUUCAAAAUCACCUCCACAGAAAAAUGAGAAAGAUCCAAAGUAUUUUGCUAAAUUAGAAAGAAUUUCGGAAAUAUCAGCAGAUUCAAAUCAUGUAAAAAAAUCGAACGAACGUAUUACAAGAUCAUCUUCAGUAAUUAAUGCACAAUCUCUAAAGAAAUCGAAAGUAAAUAACAUAAACGAAUCAAUGGAAAUCAGUAACAGUGAUGUAACAGCAGCUUCAAUGUACGAAGAUGCGAUUGGUAAACCUAUUCCUAUAAUGAAUUCAACUAUGAAUCCAAACACUACAGCAAUUAUAGAUAAAAUAAUGAAUGUAACUGUUUUAAUCGAACCUCUGUCAUCUAAAAAAAUUCUCAAUGAAACUGUUACUAUUAAAAAGAAUUCAUUGAAGGAAUCAGUAUCACACAAUAAUAGCACUAUUAAAGAAGUAAUAGAAGAAAAUAAUAAACAAUCGGCUGCUAUUUCAAACGCAAAUAGUGUAUCUGAAAAUGCCAAAAAAUUACUAUUACAAACUGAAAAACAAAUAGAGAAGUUUAACGAAUUAAUUACAGAUGAUGAAUCAUCACCUGAGCGAAAAGAAUACAAUGGAAAGAAAGAGCAACUUAAGAAACAGCAACGUCUUCUUAAGUCCAAUGUUUCAUCAAUAAGUGAUGAAGAUGAAAUUCUUCGUACUCCAAUGAAAUUAGCUAAGCCAACUAAAGAUUUUAAGGUAUCUUCCAUAAAAUCAAUGUACAAAAAAGCAGCAUUAUUUAGCCCUUAUGCUAAAGAUUCAGUUAAAAAAAGAGUUGAAGCUUUUGAGCAAGUUGCUACAAGUCCAAAACAAAAUGAACAUGAAACAGCAGGACGUGUUACAAGGACAAAAACUCGGGCAUUAGCUGCGGCAAGUUUCUCAGAAGAUCCUGUUUCAGCUGUAAAACAAAAAUUAGCUAGAAAAUCUUUAGCUAAAGCAAAAAAAAUUUCUCUUGCAAAACAAGUAAGAGAAUUUGAUGACACAAAAGAGAAUGAACAUAUCAAGUAUUCUAAGUCAAAAAGUUCAUUGGAAAGAUCAGCACAUAAAUUACAAUCGAAAAAUACACCAUUGGGAAAAAAUCGUAUAUUGCAAAUGCCCAGCUCCAUAAGCAAAUUACAACAUACACCUUCAAAUACGCAUAAUCUUAAUGCAUAUUCAAAACCUUUAACAGCAUCGCGUGGAAAUAUAGUGACGCACGUAGACUCGUUUAUACAACCAUUAAAAUCAGCUUCAAAACCGUACGAUCGAUCGGGUGAAGAAAAAAGAAGAAAAGUAUACGAUGAAGAUGCACGACGAAAGCGCGAAGAUUUAUUGAAAGCUCAAGCCGAAGAAAAGAGACGAAAACGAGAGGAAAAAGAAUUAAAGAAUAAAUUAGCGCGGGAGGCUAAAGAAAGAUUAGAUUAUGAAAAAAGACUAAAAGCUGAAAAAGAAAAGGAAGAGAAAGCAAAACUAGCCCAGCAACUACAAGAAAAGCAAAAAGAGGAAAUGGAGAGAAAGCGCAUAGCGCAAUUACAUAGAGCACAAGAAAAAGAAGAAAAAAGAAAGCAAGACGAAUUAACAAGAUUGCAACGCAUACAGGAUCAAGAAGAGCAAGAGAGACUACUUGCAGAGCAAAAACGUCGUGAACAAGAAAUGGAGAAGCGAAAACAAGCCGAAAUGAGGCAUCAAAUGGCUGAAUUAAAAAUGAAGAAUCAAAUGGAAAACAAAAUUUUACAACAAGCUAAGGCUAAAGCUGUGAUUCAAAAACAAACGACAGAAAAUUAUAAAAUCGAUAGUGAUCCAGACGAAGAAGAGUCUGAUGAUGAAAAUAAGCCUAAACAUCAGAUUCCACCAUGGGCUUCAAAACAUGUGCGACAAACGCAAUUAGCAAUGCAACAGCAUAUCCCAAUGAAAUUUGUAUUAAAGUUUUUCGAUGCAAAAAAAUGUACUCCAGAUCUAAGAGAUUUGUUCCAAGGCAUUGAUCCUAAGAAACUUAAGCGAUCGUCCAGUGCGAUUUGGAAAACCCCACCACGAUUUUCGAUGAUGAAUUGUUCUAUUAUAAAGGAUUGAGAUACAUUACUUUAUACAACGAUGUCGUAAGCAUAAUAUAAGCAAUUAUGUCAAGUAUAUCAUUAAAUAUUUUCAUCCUCAAUUGAUAUAUCCAACGAUAAUAAUAAUCGUAUAUUCAAGUCUACGAUUACGUUUUCUUGAUAAAUCGUCGAAGACAAACUCGUUCAAAUUCUUAAAUUAAAGAUUAUUAGAAGACACUAUAGUAUUGAAAUGCGUCACACGGAAGUACAGCCGACAAAAGCAUACAGAGUGAACAAUUUGACGACGAAUAAAAUCGAGCGUGUCGUAGGCGAUAAUUUGAUAUUAACGCACGGAAGGGUGACAGAGAACGGGACGAUGGGGUGGCUCGAAUGAAGAGCAGGGAUUGAUUCACGGAACAACUCACGCCGCUUUUAUUUUUCGCGCCACUAAAUCGGAAUUCAUAUGCAUCGAUGCUUUUUCAACAUCAAUUCCGGUGGCGGCGCGAGCAAGCACGCAAUUGCAGCCAUUUAGCCGCGAUCCAAUUUACCAUCUGUAUGGUAUGCGCAUCUCGUUUCCUCCUCUAACCAAUGCCUCAACCGCACAUAAUACAUUCGUCUCUUAUUUCCCUAUGGCGGCCACUCGUUAAAUACAAAAACAAUUAGUGAAAAGCCCAGCCAAUUAGCGCUCUAAACACACAAGUAUGAAGCAAAUGUUUUUAAAUAAAAUAUAUCUUAUAUUUAAUAUUGAAACAUAUUUUUAAGCCUUAUUGUUUAUCGUUAUAGAAAGUGACUAUUUAAAAAUGUAACAUAAUUUUUAAAUUUGUCAUGUUAGUGAUUUUAUGGUGUAAAUGUUGUUUACGUAUAGAGCGAUUUUAUAUUGUGUAUUUCUCACUUGUAGCAAAAAUUUUAUAAAGAAAACAAAAUUUUCUUAGUGCAUUAAUUUUGCAGGUAAACAUAACGACUUUGUAUAAAAUUAUCAUCAAAUAUUGUACUUUGAUGGAGUUUUAUUGCGUUAGAUAAUACAGUUUGAAAUAAAGGAAAAUAUACGAAUGGUAGUGGUAUAAAAAACAUUCAUAUAUUACCCAACAAUCAAGAAAGAGUCGAUAAAAUAAAUUUAUAAAAAACAAUAAACAGAAUAAAUAUUUACUUA